AUGCCCUACAUCAUCAUAGUCGGAGCAUCGCGAGGCCUAGGAGCCGAACUAGCCAAACAGUACGCCUCAAACAACACCGUAUUCGCGACCAGUCGCUCGGACAAGGCCCCAGAAUCAUCCAAGAAUAUUGAAUACAUCGCCAACAUCGACGUCGCCAAGGAAGAUGCAGGCCAGAAACUCGCAUCCCAUAUCGGCAAGAAGACUCUCGACACCGUCAUCAUAACAGCCGGCUACUUCGCAACCGAGUCCUUCGGCUCACCCUCAUGGGACAACCAAGUCAAAAUGUACACCACCAGCUCCAUCGGUCCUGUAUUCAUUGUGCACUACCUCGUCAAAGCUGGCCUGCUCGCCAAGGGGAGCAAGAUUAUACUUGUCAGCAGCGAGAGCGGCAGUAUCACGUUGAGGCAUGAGAGCGAGGGAGGAGGGAAUUACGGACAUCAUGCUAGCAAGAGUGCGUUGAACAUGGUUGGGAAGCUAUUGAGUCUGGAUCUGAAGGAGAAGGGCGUAGCGGUGGGGAUUGUGCAUCCGGGGUUCAUGAGGACGGAGAUGACGAGAGGUGUUGGGUUUGAUAAGUUCUGGGAUGAUGGCGGCGCUGUCACGCCAGACGAAGCCGCUAAGUCCCUGAUUAAGUUCAUCGAGACAUUCGACAUAGAGAAAACAGGUGAAUAUUGGGCGCCCCGCGGACCACGGGAUAUCGGGACUGCGGAAGCUGUACUAGGCAAGGAUCUGAGCACGCCUCUACAAUUACCUUGGUGA